AUGUUAGGCAGAAUGAAUAUCUGGGGAUGUCCAAUAAAUCAAAUGAAUGAUAAUAGACAACAAGGAUCUUUGGCACCUAUGCAAAGCAAUCAUCCGUUAGAAGAGCCAAUUUUGGGGGACAAUCUUGAUUCUCCAAUAGAACAAACUCAUACCAACCCAUCUUGGGAUCAGCUUCUUCGACAUAUAACGACCCUUAUAGCAAGACAACAAAGAACUUAA